GGAGGGCAGCAGCAGAGACCCAGCCCCUCACUGCCCCCUGUGGCCACAGCUGGCUCCCAUUCCACCCACAGUUUGUUUUCUCUUCCCCAGGGGUGAAGCACCGCCUCUUUGUAGCCGGACACAGGAGGGCGAGCUGAAGGCAAAAGCCCCGAGAUCCCACUGCUGACACCAUGGCCUCAGAAGCUGGCAACGUCGACCCAGAGAGUGGAAAGAUUCUUCCUGCCAUUGAGUUUCUAUGGGACCUACGGAACAUAGAGAAACUGCGGCGCCUGCUGAGUGCUGAAGCCUGGCAGAGAUUUGUGGCAGCAGCCAGUGUGCCCAGGGAGGAGGCAGAUGCACUGUAUGAAGAACUGAACCAGCUGAAAAGACUCAUGGCUGCAGAGGAUGAACAAAUGCUGUCUGAUGAGCAGCGGCACAGGGAGAUGUUUCUUAAGAAGUUUCCUGUCGUGGAGCAGGAGAUCGGGGAGUGCAUAGCGCAUCUCCACGCGCUGGCAGACAAUGUUGACCAGGAGCACAGGGACUGUACCAUCUCCAACGUGGUGGCCAGUUCCACCGGUGCUGUGUCUGGCACUCUGACCAUCGUUGGCCUGUCCCUGGGACCCAUGACAGCCGGGGCCAGUCUGGUGCUUGCAGCAACCGGACUGGGAGCAAUAGCGACUGUGACCAGUGUGUCUGCCAGCGUCACAGAACGUGUAGGGAACAAGUCAGCCAAAGCUGAAGCCUGUCGUCUGGUGUCUGAUGCCAUCGACAAUGAGGUGGUCAUGCAGGUUCUAAGUGAAAACGCACCUGGAAUUGCUUCCUUAGCGAAGGGCAUCCUAUCCCUGUACAAGAUUGUGAAGAACAUCCGUGCCUCCAACGUGGCCAAAGCUAAGCCUCUCAUAGAAGCGGAGGUCCGGUUUUUGGUGACCACAGUGAAGAUCUCAAUGCGAAGCAGCAGGGAGCUACAGGCAGCUUUUGGGAUCAUUGCUCGAGCAGUGGCCAAAGGAGCUGGGAUCCUUACUAUGGCCACUGCAGGUGUCUUCCUUCUGCUGGAUGCGGUCAGCCUUGUGAAAGAGACAACAUACUUGUGUGAAGGGUCAAAGUCAGAGUCAGCUGCAGAGGUGAGGCAGCAGGCCCAGGAGCUGGAGGGGAAGCUGGAGGGACUCAGAUGGAUUCAUGAGAUUCUGCAGGAGGCAGAGCUGGAGCACCGCAAAAUGCAGGUCCUCAGGAAGAGGGAGGGUCUCCAGAGCUCCAAGGAUGAGAUGAACGUGAGUGUCCAGAAUCUGUUAGAGUGUAAAAAAGCCCUGGAGGACCAGAGGGAAGACAUGAAGACACAGCUUGAAAAUCUGGUGGCUGGGCUUCAGGCCACCAAAGAUGACAGUCUGCAACUAGAGAUGUACCAGUGUGAACAGAAGCUGCAGGGCCAAAGCGAGCAGCGCAAGGAGAAAAGGCAGCAGGACAGACAGGUGUGGGAGAUGGAGGCAGAGCUGGAGGAUGAGAGGAAGAAGCGCUCAAUGGCAGUGGCCUGUGUGGAGGAGCUGCAGAUAACCCUGAAGGACCUGGAGGCUGACAUUGACUCAGCCAAUGAAAACCAUGAAGAAGCCAUCAAACAGCUACGAAAUCUAGAGGCCCAGAUGAAGGACUGCACGAGGGAGCUGGAGGUGACACGCGCCUCCCAUGAGGAAAUGCUGGCACAAGUCAAGGAGAACCAGGAGAAGCGGAACAGCAUGGAGGCCGAGAUGAUUAAGCUGCAGGAGGUGCAAGGCAACCUUCAGAAGGACAAGCAGACCCUGGAGCAUGAGAGAGGGGAGCUGGCCAAGCAGGUGAAGGUCCUGCUGCAGGAAAGACAGGACUCAGAGCACAGGUGGCAGAAAGCAGAGGCCCAGCUGCAGGAGCUGCAGGUGAAGCUCAAGGAGGGAGAGCCAGUGCGCACACAGCUGCAGGCAGAGCUGGACAGAGUGACGGGACUUCUGGGCCAGUCUGACCGGAAGUGCAGCCAGCUCUCCAAGGACGUCUCCACUGUGGAGUCCCAGCUGCAGGACACGCAGGAGCUGCUGCAGCAGCAGGACCAGCAGAAGCAGGGCCUGAGCACCAGGCUGCAGCAGGUGGAAGAGGAGAACAGGUCCCUGAAGGAGCAGCUGGAGCAGGAGAAGGAGGCCAAGCACAACCUGGAGAAGCAGAUUGCCACCCUGCAUGCCCAGGUUUGGUGA